CCUCGGCCUGCAGAAACCCCGGCCUUGCGCAAUCCCCCGCAGCCCGCGCCUCCCUGGGCCCCACGCAGUGCACUCACCACCCCUGGGGUUUUUCCCUCUCGUCCCCGCAGGUUCUUGCACUUGGCCAUCAUUCAUGAAGAAAAGGCACUGGCCAUGGAAGUGAUCCGCCAGGUGAAAGGAGAUGUGGCCUUCCUCAACUUCCAGAACAACCUGCAGCAGACUCCACUCCACUUGGCUGUGAUCACCAACCAGCCAGAAAUUGCUAAGGCACUUCUGGCAGCUGGCUGUGAUCCUGAGCUCCGAGACUUUCGAGGAAAUACCCCCCUACACCUUGCCUGUGAGCAGGGAUGCCUGGCCAGCGUGGGAGUCCUGACGCAGACCUGCACCACCCAACACCUCCACUCCAUCCUGCAGGCCACCAACUACAAUGGCCACACGUGUCUGCACUUAGCCUCUAUCCAUGGCUACCUGGGCAUCGUGGAGCUUUUGGUGUCCCUGGGUGCUGAUGUCAAUGCUCAGGAGCCCUGUAACGGCCGUACAGCCCUGCACCUUGCUGUGGACCUACAGAAUCCUGACCUGGUAUCACUCCUGUUGAAGUGUGGGGCUGAUGUCAACAGAGUCACCUACCAGGGCUACUCCCCAUACCAGCUCACCUGGGGCCGCCCAAGCACCCGGAUACAGCAGCAGCUGGGCCAGCUGACUCCAGAAAACCUUCAGAUGCUGCCGGAGAGCGAGGAUGAGGAGAGCUAUGACACAGAGUCAGAGUUCACAGAGGACGAGCUGCCCUAUGAUGACUGUGUGUUUGGAGGCCAGCGCCUGACAUUAUGAGCAGAAAAGGUCUACAAGAACAUGGACUUGUAUAUUUGUACAAAAAGAAAGUUUUAUUUUUCUAAAAAAGAAAAAAAGAAGAAAAAAUUCAUAGGGUAUACUUAAAUCUACACUGCACGCUGCCUGGCCUGAAACGUUUGACCCGGGUGGAUCAGCCCUCACUUUUUUGUAUGAACUUUUGUGGGUGGGAGACAAGAAAGAUCAUUGAGAUUCAAAGAGAAACUCUUAAACUACACCUUAGUGGGGUCUUUGGAAAAGGUUAUCCAAAACUUGGUGAAAGGACCACUUUUUAUUUAUUGUGUUUUUGUUUGAACCACUGUAGAUAUAGUGGCUGGCCCCUGGGUGUGUCCUGUGACACGUUAACAGCCAGGUGUUAAACCUUUCAGUAAUGUGGAGUUAAAAGUCCCUAAUUGUCAAGGUUUGUGUUACCCUCCUGUGAAUAGUGUACAUACUGUAUUUUGUUGGUAAUUAUUUUGGUACUUCUAAGAUGUAUAUUUAUUAAACAGAUUUUUACAAACAGA